ACCUGUGACGCCUGAUCUGUUCCUUCCUGGAUCCCCUGUGUCCUGUCUGUCCUGUCCGUCUCUGGGUUUUUGGGAUCCCCUCCUCCUCGCCUCUUCUUCCUCCUCCUCUUCUUGACAGACAGACACAGGAGCUGUCCACGCCGGCCUCCUCUUGUUCUCACCACAUAAAUCCACGCCAAUUCCACACCGAUCUCUGCCCAGCACGCGCCUCCAAGGACCUGGCCGGUUCGGGGAUGGACGCACAGAUUUAGCUGAUCCCGUCGCUGCUCGCGCUCGAUCUCGCGGCGCCCCGCCCCGGCCCCCCGGCUCCACGAGAUGAUCUGAGCCCCGCGAUCUGCUGGAGAAAUGGAGCCGCCGCCGUCGGAUCUGAACACCCACCUGCCGCCGCGGAAGCGGCUGCUCGCCGGGCUCAGGACGGCGGUGGCCACCACCGGCGACGCCGCCGCCGCCGAGCCGCUCCCGUCCCCGCCCGCCUCCGCGGGCGAUCUCGCCACCCGCCUCCGCGAGAUGGCGCUCGCCGCCAACGCGUCGGCGUCCUCGCCCGAGGAGAUGAUCGAGGCGGCCAGGGCGGCCGCGCAGGCCGCCGCGGACGCCGCCGUCGCCGCGCGCGCCGUGGCCGCGGAGAAGGCCGCCGUCGCCGCCAAGGCUAGGGCGGCCGCCCGGGCUGCCAUGGAGUUCCUUGAUUCCUUCUCGUCCAGGGGAGCCGGCGCGUCCAGGAACGGGAACGGACUCCAGUUUAAGGUCAAGUCCAGGAAGAAGCAUGUCCAGGUCAAGAUGCUCUACAGGCCCAAUGGAACCCUUGGGCUAGGGGAGGCUCCCAAGCCUAGGAGGCGCAAGCAAUCGGAUGAAGAGGUCGCACGCAAUUUGCACCGAGUCAUGAAUAGCUCGCCGAGGAUCUCUCACACUGGACCCCCCAAGAGGCCUCGUACCAUCACUGCUGGUGAUGCCAAAGAUGCGGUUGUUGCACCCGGUGGAGGUAACGGCGAGGGUGACACUGAUGCUUGUAAUGGUUCUUCAAUUCAUGUGCCAAUUGAGGCUGGCACUGGGUUGCCUAAUGGAUGCUCGGAGGGGAAAUCUAGUGAGAGAACUGUUCCAUUGCUCAAUCGUGAGGGUCCUGAUGUUGACGGUCAAGACUCAUCCAGACACGCCGCAAAGAGUAGCGGCGACAUUGCUGACAAUGGAGUUUGGGUUCGAAACUUAAGUGCCGGUCAGAAAGUGAAGAUCAAGAGAAAGGAGCUGCUUCUGAAUCAAAAUGGUGGUAAAGAAACAGAAGAACCCAAAGAAUCAGAACAGCCCAGAGAAACAGAACCCUUUGUACAUUCUUUUGCGCUUGAUGAAUCAAAGUCAAACUCAAAUGGAAAAGGAAGAUCAAAGCCAAAUGGGAAUGGAGCAGAAAAGCUUGCAGGCCCUGCAGAUACAAAGACCCCAGGCGACGGCGUGACGCCGAUGAAGAUAACAUCCGUAUGGAAGUUCAAGAAGCUAAAGACAUCUCACUGUUCUUCCGACAGCAAGGUGUUGCACAAGGUUUGCCCGCCGCCUCCUGCGGCGGCUGAAACCUCUGCUUCGGUGAAAGCUGAUUAGCGAGGCACCAUAGCAUAUAGUUCGGCAGAUGCUUGUCUUAGCUAUGCUUGUUGUGAGAUUUUUGUAUGUUGAUGAAGUGGCUAUUCAAACAAGGAGGGGAGAGGAGGUAAAUCUCUCUUGGUAGAUCUCACCUUUGCUUUGAUUUUUUAUACAAAUGUGCUUGUUUUAUGGUAUAUAGAUUAUUGGGUAUUUCUACUGUAUUGUUUCCUGUCCGUGCUUCCAUUUGAUGUCACUAGUGAUAGGGAGUGUGGCAUAAUCUUGUAGAUGUACCUGUUAUGCAUACAUCGUUUUAAUAAAAGGCACUGUGUAACCAAUGCUCUGAGAUACUAAUUUUUUACCUUUGUUU